AACUCGCACAUAGGACCGUAUUAAUAGUAGAAUCAACUUGUUGUUGUAUUACCAUUGAAUCGCUUCCGAAAAGUUGCAUAUCGAACUGGUUUUUAUGAAAUUUUAAUAUACUGUAACAGAAAUACACUGAUUAGAACAAGCCUCUAGAACUCGGUCCACCCAACCGAGUCCCCGAAGCCAUUUCAGCGACACCCACAAAUCGCAGCAUGGGCUAUGAUAGCACACAUGGUGUACUCCAACAAUAUUCUAGGAGGCUGCAGAAUGAUCUCGUUUCCGUGGAGAAAAUGAUUCCUCAAAACGAUCAUAUUUGGGCAAAAUUGCAACUUUCAAAUCGUCUGUAUUGAAAACGAAAGCACCUGAGACCGUCAAACUUUUACUAAAUACGCUUUGGCACAUAAUCUAUUUGGAAAUAUGAUUGAAAGUCUCACGGUCGAUUUCGUUUCUGGAUACUACAGGAAAAUUUCAGGUUUUCUGGAUUUGGGCCCUUGGUGCGCGAUCUAUUACAAAAUAAGGAAAGCAUUUUGUGUGCUCGCGGUUGCGUGAUUUUGUAGUAGACACUAUCCACUAUUUAUGGUAAAAUCUCCAAGGCUAAGUAAUCUGUCGUUACUGAGUUACAAGAGUUUAAAGUACGCAAGUUUUUAAGAUGGCGGAAUCGGCGUUUUUCGGGACUUUUCGUAAAAUUUCAAUAUCUCAGCAACCAUACAAGUUUUUGACCUGCGCCUUUUGCCAAAAUCCAUCAGAAUGUUUGGUCUAAAAGAGCUCCCUGGUUUGAAAGAGUUUUGAGUACAUUGUUUGAAGAACGUCGGUCGCGACUUACGUGCAAUGGCUCUUAAAAGAAAAAGCCAUACAACGGUUUUGUAUGAUUUUGUAAAUGAGUACAUAUGGCAGCUUUAACAUGCAGGAGUCUCUUAGACCGUAAGCUCUAUACUCACUAGAUUUCCAUAAAGUCUAAUCACAGUCACACUUCGAUAUGUUAUGUGGCUGUACUAUUCUUUUUUGACUGAUUGUUUUCAUCAUAGAAGCAAUUAUUUUGUUUUAUCAGAGGAAGAUGCUAUCGAACGCUUACGUGCUACUCAAAAUGAAUUGAAUAAACAAGGUGCGAGUGAUUUAGUGGUUGAAUUAUUUAUGAGCAAAGCAUCAGUGAAUGUUUUGGAAGAAAGUGUCAAUUUGGGUAUUGCAUUAUUAGAAGGAGGCAAUACGGAAGUUCAAUUGAGUAUAUUUCGUCAUUUACACAAUACCGAUUCUGCAUCGGAGAAGUUUUUUAAAGUAUUUUAUGAUAAAAUGUGUAUUGCUGAAAAAACUUUAAAAGGUAUGCCAUCGGUAUCAAAUGAUAUGGCUGCCGAACAAGUUGAUCAGGAUGAUGGCGUUGUCUAUUCACCAUAUAAAUCUUUGACACCCAUUAUUCCAAGUCCAAUUGUUGGAAAUUCACCAAUUUCCAUCAGACAAUCAUUAUCCGCUCAAAAUUUGGAACACGAACAGAUGCCCGGAACAACCACAAAUGAAAUAUCUUUAACAAACGGAACAGCUAAUGCAAGUGCAUUUAGUGUUGAUGCGCCUAUUGGUGAUCCAAAAAUUUUAAUUGCUCACUCGAUAGAUGACUCAAUAAAUAAAGCGAAUAUGUCUGGCACCUAUGAUAUAUUCGAUUUUUCUUCUCCGAUUCUCCAAAAAGAUAAUCGUCGAUACAAAUUACCGUUUGAAGUACGAAUUAUGCAGCCAAUAUUAAGAUUUUUACAACUCUUAUGUGAAAAUCAUAAUGCAGAAUUUCAAAAUUAUUUACGUGUACAAGAGAAUAAGACCAGUUUUAAUUUAGUAUGUGAAACAUUGAAAUUUCUUGAUGCGAUUUGUGGUUCGCAAACUGGACUAUUAGGUCUGUUAGGUAAUUAUAUAAAUGAAGAUAAUGUAGAAUUAAUUAAUCAAGCAUUAAAUACACUAACGGAAUAUUGUCAGGGACCAUGUCACGAUAAUCAAGAUGCCAUUGUUAAUCAUGAAUCAAAUGGUAUUGACAUCAUUAUAGCGAUUGUAUUAAAUGAUAUUAGCCCGUUAAAUCAAAAAAAUUAUGAUCUUGUAUUAGAAUUGAAAGAUAAUGCCUCUAAAUUAUUAUUAGCUGUUAUGGAAAGUCGUGAUGAUAGCACAAAUGCAGAGAGAAUAUUAAGAAAUAUUGUACCCGUUUCACAACUGCUUGAUGUUGCUUGUGAGAUAUAUUCACGUGGUAAAGAAGAAGAACUUGAUUUGAAAGAAAAAGCUAUUGAAGAAGGUGGUACAAGUUCAUCGGAUGAAAUGCAUGAUGAAGAUGCAGAUAAUGCCGAUAAUGUUGGUCAAACUGUCGGACACAAUAUGUACAUAUUAGCAUAUCAGCUUGCUCGUCAUAAUCGAGAAUUAGAAGUGUUAAUGCGUCAUCGUACAAUGAACGACGAAGCUUUAUCCUACUAUCAUAAACAUACAGCUGAAAUUGAAAUCAUUCGCCAAGAUCGAUCGAUUGAGCCAAUCGUAUUUCCGGUUCCCCAAUUAUGUGAAUUUUUAACGGUUGAAAAAAAACAAAAAGUUUUUUUAACAUGUGAUCAAGAUGAACAAGGGUCAAAAGUUAAAGAUUUUUUUGAAAAAUUUCCCGAAAUAUUUGAAGAAAUGAAAUGGCAACGAAAACUUCGACAUCAACCCACAUUAUACUGGUUUAGUUCGCAUAUGAGUCUAUGGAGUGAUAUAUCAUUUAAUUUUGCCGUAUUGAUUAAUAUUCUUGUAGCAGUUUUUUAUCCAUUCAAUAAAGGAUUGAAAGAACUCGAUCCUCGUGCAUCAGCUGCUAUUUGGAGUGCUCUUUUAUUAACAUUAAUCGCCAUAGUAAUGAAACCUAGUGUGGGUUCAAUGAGAAUGUUUUUUGUUGCUGGAAUUCUAAGAUCAAUCUAUUCUGUUGGACUGGGACCAACUCUGUGGUUAAUGGGAGCUAUAAAUGUAUUGAAUAAAGGCGUAUUUUUAGUUAGUUUUAUGGGUAAUAAUGGGACAUUUUCCAGGUCGCGUUAUGAAAAUUUAACAAAUUUUGAACUUGUUUAUCAUGUCGGAUAUCUUCUUUUAUGUGUACUCGGUUUAUGUGGACAUGAAUUCUUUUAUAGUCUACUGUUAUUAGAUAUAAUAUUUCGUGAUUCAACGUUAUUGCAAGUGACACAAUCCGUUACACGUAAUGGAAAAUCGAUAUUAUUGACAAUGAUGCUUGCUCUGAUAUUAAUCUAUUUAUUUUCAUUACUUGCUUCGAGCAUUCCAAAUGUUUUACAUCAAUAUUGCACAAAGGAUAAUUGUGUUAAUGAUACUUUAAGCGUUUUAACGAAUACAUCGAUUGAAGAUGUAGAAGACGACGUUGAAAGGUCGUGUGAUACUCUAUUUAUGUGUAUUGUAACAACAUUAAACAAAGGUCUUAGAAAUGGAGGAGGAAUUGGAGAUGUACUGAGGCAACCUUCAAGUCAGGAACCAUUAUAUUUUUUUCGUGUCAUCUAUGAUAUGAUGUUCUUUUUUAUUGUUAUUAUCAUCACAUUAAACUUGAUAUUUGGUGUUAUUAUCGAUAAUUUUGCGGAUUUAAGAACGGAAAAACAACGAAAUGAUGAAAUAUUACGAAAUACAUGUUUCAUAUGCAGUCUUGAUCGUAAAUCAUUCGAUAAUAAACAUGUAACAUUUGAAGAUCAUAUUCGAAAAGUUCAUAAUAUGUGGAAUUAUGUCUAUUUUAUGGUUUUAAUUAAAGUUAAAGAUCCAACUGAAUAUACAGGACCAGAGUCAUAUGUACAUGAAAUGAUUGAACAACGUAAUCUCGACUGGUUUCCACGUAUGCGUACAAUGUCAUUGGAUAUGCAAGAUGAUAAAAAAGAAGAUAUAGAAAAUCGAAUGUUAAAAAAUCAAAUGGAUGAUGCUAAUAAAGCCAUCAAAACUUUAUCAAUGGAAUUAGCUGAAUUACAAAAAAUGGUGUUAGAUACUCGUUCUCAAAAACAUCGCAUGAAUUUUCUUCAAAAUCCAGCUAUGCCAAAUCCAUUAAAUACCUAA